AAAUUAAACAUCAUUUAUCUUUUGGAUUUUAGGUCAUAAGUUUUGAGAUUAAACAUUUAUUCCCGUUUUAAUUCUGAUGCAACUUCUUACAAUAUUGUUUCCUUCAUUGCCUCCAACCCUUGCACCCUCACUACAAGUUUUCCGGAUCUCCGGCCGUCGCUACUUCUGCCCCCAUCCCCCAGUCACUUCCGAGACCAACGCCGGUGAGCGUUUUGUGACGUUUCGGUCACUUUUCUUCUUGUUUAUUCUAGAAAAAGUUUGAGGGCUUUAGCGUGCUUUCCAGCAGUGCUUAUGGACAUUUGGCGACUUUUCUGAUAUUUGAAUCGGAGGUUUGUGAUGGAGGCUACGAAUUGGGAAAGCUCUUCAGGAGGAGCUAGUGAUACUGGUGAUGAAGACAAUUACGAACAAGACAUAAACGACGAAGAAGAAUGUCUCAGUGCAUCUGGGUGCUUGCGCAAGCUGCAAUUCAGGAAGCAUGCUUCAACUGCUCGAUGGAAUGACCAAAUGGGAAUGGCAGAAGUUUUAGAGAAUAAGGGCAGCCUUUGGACGACAACUGGCAUUGGUAAUGUCAUUGAAAACAAAAGAAAUUGGAAACGUUUCCAAGCCAAGGCCAGAAAUUGGCCUAUGAGAUUUCUUAUUGAAGUCGGGGCCUUACAUCUGCUGGAUCAUGAUAAUUCAAGUCUUUCUUUGAAAGAUGUAUAUAAGAAGGUAGCUGAGGGAAGAAGUGGCCGUCUUUGGGAGCAGUUUGAGGUUUAUAGGCACCUUAAAUCUCUUGGUUACAUUGUUGGAAAGCAUAGAGUUCCUUGGUCUCUAAAGAAUGUUAGGAAUGACUGUGACAUUUCAUCUCCAAGUUCUACUGAAAAUAAAGGAGCAUCAGAUGUCAAAUCAGACGAUGAGCAAUCGAUUUGCAGGCUAUUAAAUGCUAUUCAGCUCGAUGAAGUGACACCCAUUUUUGAUGUUUUUCUUCCUCAUAACAAGUUUAGAAAAUCUUCUCCUGGUGACCCAAAUUUUAUGGUCUGCUUGACUAGGGGAUAUCCACCAUCAAAAGAAGAGAUUGAAGUUCUUGAGAGAACAUCAAGAGGCAUUCCAAUGAAAUAUUGUCACGUUGAACAUGGAAGAGUCUGCUUCUUUUCAUUUGAUAAGGUGGAGCUCCCUCUCUUACCUUGACAUUGUUGUGGAUUACUCUGCUAUUUAUUAUUAUUAUUAUCAUUAUUUCGAUUAGUAAUUGGUAUGUUAUUUGAAUUUUAUUUUAUGUUUAGUCAUGAGCACAGGGAUUCCUCUUCCUUAUUUCUUGUGUUCAGCUGCUAUUGCUUGUUUCUUGAAAUUGAUUAUAUGAACUACUUUGGAUAGGGCUGGUUCUUUAUUGUUGAACCAGCUCAUUCAAAAUUUUCAUUUCCUGCUAGAAAUUAGUGUUCAUCCAUAUUCUUCCUCACAUGUUCAAACCCAAAUCAUUGAAUAUAAAAUUGGGGUUAAGGUGUAUA